AUGCAGCGCGUGCUGCGCGCACCAGACAAGAACAAGUCGGCACGCAGCGAGUCCGCUACGGCGAGUGGCUGCAGCAGCGCCGAGCCGCUGGCAGCCGUCGCGUCCAUUCCGUCGUCGUCGUCGCAGGGCGCGCGGCGGCACGUGGCCUCGUCGUACAGCCACCUGCACCACCAGUACACCACUCACGCGAGUGCUCUUCACCCGACGCACCGCCUCCAUCAGCACCACCAGCAGCACCAGCAGCAGCCGCAUCCGCAUCACCACUCUCCUCCUCAGUCGUCGACCGCUCAGGAUCAAGUGGUCGUUGGCCUCUCGGCGUCGACAGACGAUGAAGUGGAGGACUGGAGCAGCGACUUUCUGGCCACAACUCGUCCGCGAGCGCGGCGGAGAAGACCGGAGAGCAGCACGACGGAGCACGCAGUGCUGUCGGACACGCCCUCGAAGCACAACAGCAGCAACGGCAGCAGCAGCAGCACUUCUACUGGUGGACCACGAGGUCGACGAGGCAGUGAAUUGGGCGUCUCGAGCAGCAGUGUCGAAGACGACGACAGGAGAGGUGUUUAUAGCUCGCACGUGUCGCUUGACGACGCGUCGAGAGCUGGUCGGACGCAGGUGAUGGAGGCACAGGAACUUGCUGGUGACAGCGACGAGGACUGGGACGUUGAGUUUGGCUUUGAUGACGAGCACGUCGAUAGGAGGACACUGGGGUCAACGGACAGUAUGGACUCGACGAGGCGAAGAGCUGAGAAUGGCAAUUUCUUCCUCCCGAAUUUGCACAAAGUACUGGAUGGAGAGACGUUAGUGGAUGAUGAUGACGAUGAAGACAAUGUUGACGGAAGAGGCGAUUUGACUUUCAGUCUCGAUGCAGCAGGACGACGAACGAAGAGGUCGUCGGAAGAGCGGCUUUUUCAACGAAGACGCGGCGACUUUUAUCACUCAGGGCCGAGCGCAGGUGGGAGUUUGGAUGGAGUUCGUGGCAGCUUCACGUCGAAAGCGUCGGUGUCGUCGUCAAACGCAGUUGAGUAUUCGCUCGUGGACAAGUUGCGACUUAUGGAGGUAGCCAACUCAUCGGCGUAUGCGAUCAGGAUCGAACGGUAUCCUAAACCUUCGACCUCUUUUAGUAACCUGGAGCAAGAUCACAUUAGCUUUCCCAGUUUUAGCGAGAACAAAUAUGAGCAAUGGCUAGCAGGUCUGAUGGUGCAGGACUGCGCGACGGUGUCGCAUUACAUGGACACGGAGCGGAAUCGUUUGCCCCCGCCGAGACAGUUGAAGAGCAGGUUGUUCCACGCACUUGUGUCGCUUCCGUUCGGUCGCGAGUUUGUGAACACGUUUUAUAGGCAGAUUACACAUUACCGCUACUUUGGCGAGGACAAGGAAAACCACGAGCUCGUGCGGAUGUAUUUCGAAAAGAUAUCGACUAUGGGUAUGACGGAUGAGAACUGGGCUCAGAAUCUAUCCGAAAGCGACUCGGAGUUUGUGGUUGGAUGCAGUAUCGAGAUUUUACAGGAGGCCGCGCGUUUGUAUGGCCCUCAGCCUGUGGUGCCGCUUGCAACGCACUUGUCGCUUACGAUGCUGUCUACAUCGUCAUCGGCACAAGGCAACAAGACUACUAUUUAUUGGAUCCAGCAAUUUCAGGAUAUUUUGGGACAAUGUGCGGAAGCUUUCCCGCAUUAUAUAUACGUUGUCGCGCUCAUCGAACUCCGGUAUGUGUGCCACCAUUUAGCCGGCUUCGCUAGUGGAGAGUACGUAUACAGUUGGCAAAUAUGCAAGCAACUGCCUGCAUUCUUGUCUCCAGAGCCGGUAGUAGGCAAUUCUGCACCGCAGAUCGUGACUGAAGUACUUCUCUACUACGGUACUCUAUUCAAGCACUUGAAUACGAGUCCCGAAAGUCGCAGCUGUCGGUAUGAGGGACGCGAGUCGUCUCGUGCCAAUCAGGAACCACCAGUUGAGGAUGUGAGGCCGUUUGCGUUACCAUCAGAUGCCAUAUGCGUACAGGCGCUUAUUAUUUGCGACAUUCAGAGUAUGUACGACAGCAAAAGUGCGUUGGCAGAAAUAUCGCUGCCUGCGCUUGAAGAGCUGCUUGAGUUCGGAGAUGAAGAAGCUACGGUGGAUCCCACGCUUGUGGGUUCAGUGCCCCAGAAUCGCGACAGCCGUAGCAGCUCGUCUUCGUCGAAUCCCGAUUACUGCGACAAUGGGUAUGGACGUAGUGGUUCACCGAAAGGACUUGGUGGAUGGAGCGCUAGCAAAAAGCUGUAUGAGCUGCUAAGUGUGUCACCACGCACUCGGAUGUCCGCGCUACGUUUUUUCUACGAGCGAAUAAGCGCUGCAGAGUUUCCGCUGGUGAAAGCAAAGUGUGCUCUGGUCUUGGCCAGCACGCACGCUUCGUCGAUUGCGUCUCAAGGUAACUUGAGAGUAGCUGAGUCUCUUGCAUACGAAGCAUUGCGUCUACUGAAGUCGCGGUCAGCAAAAUAUGUGGCCACCGUUAGCAACAUGACAUCGUUGCGCGGCCGUGAAAAAGUCGCGCCGGCAGCAUACCUCAGCACUUUUAGCAAUGACGGGCUCCUGUGUGAUUUAGGUCGUGAGGUGCUCGAAGGUCUGGGCAACAUCCUGAUAAAGAACAACAAGUACCGCUAUGGCAUUUUGUGUCUGGAAGCUGCGGGAGCUUUAUUUAAAUUUUUGAAUCAGGGACGCGAGUAUGAAAAGCUUGAUCGACUCAUGUGUAAGCUCACGUUGGAGGCUGAUGAUGUGCAGCGCGCGCUUCCGCUCCACGAGAAAGUGACAUGUGCUGCUCAGCAACAAGGCAAUAUUACGGUUUAUGUGUACUUGACACAGGAGAUGACAAAGCUGUGGAUUCGUGAGGGCAAUUUUACCCGCGCCGAAGAGUUCCUGGCAGCUUCGUGCCACUUUUUGCGAGACCACACGAACCUGCUCCCGCCACACUUUCUGUCGCCCGUCGGCAGCGGAAGUUAUUCGGGCAGUGAUGUUCAUUCCAGUCGAAGCGGCACAGUGAUGACAGCUACGUCGAGCUCGGUGUCGUCUUCGCUUUCUGGGUCGUUCCACCUCUCGUCGCGUAGUACAGGAAAUGCAAGCGAGGUGGACACAUGGCUGAACCAUGACAUGAACUUGCAUCUGCUCGUGCGGGAUGUAUACCACUCGAGCGGGCGAUGCUUGGAAGGGCUGCGCGUCCUCGAACAUCUUUUGAAUUACAGCGCACGACUACCUCGUGGAAAGCGCACACAACUGCGCAUGUUACUUGCGGAGGAUGCGCUGAAGAUGCGAAUGUUUGACACGUGUCGUCAUAUGUUUGCUUUGAUGGAAAGAGAGGCUACGACAUUUUGCGACCGGCUACAGGAGAACAUAAGAGGAGUUAGUGGGCUAGGAAGCAGCAGCGGAACUGGACCUGGGACCAACAGCAGUGGUGGCGGCAAAAGUCUUGGCGGCAUGGGUAGCGAAGCUCGCUAUUGUUUCGACAUGUCCUUCACUCUUCGCUAUAUCGUUUGUCGCGCGAAGAUGCACUUGAAGCUCGGUGACUUUUGUAACGCGUUCGCGUGGCUCUCUUUGGCGCACGUUAAGAAUGACCGUGACAACAUCAGGAUGCAAGCUCAGUUGUUUGUGCUUGACGGUAAAGUGCUUCGGGCAUACUGUCGAGCACAGCAGGAGCGCGAGCUGGAUCGCCCUCGCAACGGCGAUACCGCAACUCGUCGACGGCGUUCGAUAGGCGUGGCGUUUGUAGGAAGCGUUGUAUCACCAGCACAGGUUGACGAGAUGCUUAAGCCCCUGGGUGUUUCUUUGUAUGGCCUGAACACGGACGAGAAACAGCGCCUGCAUGAGCGAAUGGUCCAGUAUGGAACGUGCGUUCAAGAUAGUGGUCAAGCUGAAGAGCAAGCGCAAACCGCGUUUUGGACUGCCUUUGAUCUAUACCGCCUUCUGGACGACAGCUUAUAUCAGCUCAAGGUUUUGCUGGAGAUUGUCGCCUUUAUGCUGGCUCCAAUCCAGCGAUCAUUUUUUGCUCUAGGCAGCAACCAGGACGACGAGAUGCUGAAGACGCAUUUGCACCGUCAGCGGUACCGAAAAGGAUCCUUUGUACUGGAACUCGAUGAUCUGAAUAGUGACGAUUCGAUUGAAAAGACGCGGAAGACGUUGCUGGAGGCGCAAAAACUGCUUCGGUCGGCGUUGGAUUUGGCAGAACAAAUAGCUAGUCCGACGUGUUUCCUCCAGACGCUGAUUUUUUGCAGUGAGGUUUGGGUGUGGCUGGAGCGCAUUUCCGCAUAUAAGCGCGAGAAGCACUUGAAAGAAGCGACAGCGUUUUGGGAAGAAGCUGUUUGUAUAAUGAAGGGUGUGUUUUUCCGGCGCGUGGCGUUUCAUGAUGUCGCCGAGGCAAACGUGCUGCAGUCGUCUGGACUUGGAAGUAGUUUUACGAUGCCGUACGCCCGAGGGCCGCACAAGGGCCGUUUUUGCUUGGUUCCGAUUCUCAACUUCAGUGAAGGGUUCAUCGUGAAGCUUGAAGCGAUGACAAUGCAAUUGAUCUUCACAGCCUGCCAGAUUCAGCAGUUUGAGCGUGUGCCCGACUACGUUCAAGAAGUUUUGCACGCUCAUCUUGACGAACUACUAAGUGCCCGAAUGUGUUUGAGCAGCAUCGUGCACCAGCUGCGAACGUUUCGAGCACUGCAAAGGUCUCACGAUCGGCUACCUCCAAGUGGAUCAAUAUCGAACCCGGCAGCAGCAUUAGCAGCCGGACCAUCUGGCUCCAGCGUCUCUGUCUCCAGUGUGGGCAGCAGUAACUCAAGAUCGUCGUCGUUUUCUGCUGCAAUUCCUUUGCCGUCACCGCAAUUGAGUAGGAGAGAAAAGCAGGUAUCUACGCCUUCUCCAGUGAGUGCCGGGGUAGCAGGAGGAAAGCGAGCUGGUCACAAGAAGAAUCAGUCCAUGUCGUCCAUAUCGGAGUUGUUGGCGUCAAACACCUCGUCACCGUACCAGCAGAGCGCUGUCUCGUGCGGUGGGCUUGGCGGUCUAAAAAGCUCGGCGACACCUCGAACGGGCUUGGCCUCAUUGAGCGAACGGUCGAACUUCCCGCCGCCCUCGUCUGUGGCUGCCGGGAAGCAGGGGACUAUGACUAGCGGCAAUACCGGAGCAAAAAAGUGUGGCGAACGUAGGCCGCGACAAUACACUCGAGAGCGGUCACGUUCGGCUCCACAGCCGGAAGUGGCGCAACGUCUGUCUCCCACUGCUACGUCGACGCUCUCGCGACAGGCCGAUGGGCUUCCACGUGAUUUGGGAAGUCUCGCCGAUUUGGGCGAGAGUCAUGAGAACGCGAUGAAGCGUACAUCGUCUGUAAAGUUUGUCGAUCUGGGCGAUCUGAAGGCGUUACCGUCCGGAGAAGACUUUGUAUUGCGGCGAAGUAAUUGCUUUGGACUUGAUGAAGGCAGCAGCUCAAACGGUGCCAUUGGUUUGUGUGAUUUCGACGAAGUGCAGUCUGAGAAACUAUGGUGGAUCUUCAAUCUGUGGCGGGAUGCAAAGUCGAAGUAUACAGGAGGAAAGUUUGGGACGUCCGAUUUUCGGUCGUGGAAUUUGCGCUACCUCCGAACGUUACUGGAUGCUUUUGACCCGCAGCAGAUUGCUGUACUAUACUACGGCGGAGACAACACGUCUGGGGCUCCGGUUGUAACACCAGGCGGGACUCAAGCGUUAUCUGAUGUGAACACUAGGAACCCUAACGGUAUGCUGGAUUUCGAUGUGUCACGUAUGAACUCCCACGCGUUGAUUCAAGACGGUCAGUUUGUGCUUUCGAUUGGAUACGGUUACGCCCCGGGAGCGCGCGUACAUUUUGGAAUGCAUGGAAAACUUCAGUACAAGGUUUUCCAUGUGCAGAAGGGUGAUACGAAAACGUGGCGUCUUGAGAUUCCUCGACCAGAUUGGUAUGUGUCCGAGUACGAUAUGAUGGAGGCCGAAGAAGCUGCAAUUGGUGCUGGAGUUUUGCGCACAAUGCGAUUGCUUGGCGCAAAAUUAUUGGUGAAGCUAUUGGGGGUGCUGCUGCUGGAGAGUUCUGUUGUGGUGGUGGGUAACUCGUAUCCGCAGAUUCAGGAGGUGACCACGAGUCUGUUGAAGCUGCUUGAGCCGUUUCAAUGGCAGCACACGUUCUUGCCUUUCGUACCUGUGACGUCUUGGAGAUUUCUGUACGAUGCUGCUUAUCAGCAUGCGCAGACGAAGCUUGCGUCUCGACCAAAGAGUCGCCGGUCAUUCUCUCGACUUUCGCACGAUUGGCGGGCAUGGAGUAGUGGGAGCGGCAGUUCAUACUUCUCAUCGCGAGGAAGCAGUGACAGCCAAAGCAGCAGUGGGACCAUCGCCACGACAUCCGGCGUUGCAGCAGAGCCUAUGGACGAAGAGCCUCCGUUUUUACUAGGUGCUACGGCCGAGACGUGGCAGAGCUGUUUGGCGUUUUCCAAGAAGUGUGGCAACGAUCUCCGUCUUCUUUCGUCAUGUGUUGUGGUGGUUAAUCUGGAGGACGUGGAGUCUCUCGCCGCCGAUAAGACUUUCCGAAACGCUGUACCGCUGCCCAAGAAAUGGCGAAGACAGUUCCUAGAACGGAUCGAGAAGGUCACGAGACAGCGCCAUCGCAUGCACGCGAAGAUGAGUCGCAGACACUCUUCGCAGCACCUGGAGUCCAGUCUUGGAUCGGAAACGCCGGCCUCCGCAUCGGGCGUAUCGUCUAUGCGGUCACCUAUGAGGACGCAUCAUCCGAUGGACGGCUCGUCGCGAGGUUUUGAUGAUGCGCUCAGUACAAGCCAUUCUGGGUCAAGUUGGAUGGUGACGCCCGUUUCGGCAGGCGCUGUAUCUGAAGCGGACAGUAACUACCAAUUGCUUCAGCCACGUGUGCGGUCUUCAGAUCCGAAUGGCCUACACAAGCGAAAGCAUUACGAUUUGGAGUGUGCUGCGACAUUUGUGAGCGGUAUGCGCGAGUUUUACGGCAAGCUGUCGGUGUUAUGUGUAGAGCGAGAGCGUAAGACCGGUCCGGGCAGCAGCAAGAAGAAGAAGAGUCUAAGCAGCAGUGGUCACUCGAAGCGACAGGAAAUCAAGUCGUGGUUUUCGUCAUCACACGAUUUCGAUGCGUUCGUGAGCAACUUCUGCAGGACGGAUUUGUUCAUGAGUUAUGAGAAGGAAAAGGAGGAAGCGGAGGAGGAGGAAGCAAAAGCGCAUGCAAGAGCUGCGCAUCAGUUGGAGCGCCAUUCGAGUGAGCACGAGGUUAGCUCCACUACUAGUGGCCGCAGUGCCUCACGAUUUGGGACAACACCCAAGUCGCUUGUCGGUUCUUUUACGCCGCAGCAGCUCAAGCGCCUUGGCAGUUUCAGCAGUUUGACGACGAGCAAUCGCAGCUCUGGCGGCCAAGAUCGGGGGCGGUGA